ACUAAAUACCUUGGCACUAAACUGAAAAUGUGUAACGAUCGAUAGGGAAAAACGGAUGUAUACGUGAUGCUUUGUCGUCAACUUCAAUGUUAAGUGAUUUAUUUCAUUCGCCGAACCGAUUGUGAGUAUAACUGUUUAAUAGAAACAAUAUUUUAUAUGACUUCACAAUCAUUCGGGAUCUUGAAAUAAAUUGUGUAAACAAAGCGAGUGGGCAUAAUGAAGAACACAAUGUCAAGUGGUUAUUGGAUCCAGUUUGUGCCAGUUAACAGCUGGUGAAACGUGUUUGUUUUUUGCCAUAAGGUAAUAGUGCCCGCUUACAGGAUCGCUUCAGGUUAUGUACGAUAUCGUAGUCCUAGGGGCGGGCGCCGUCGGCCUCUCGACCGCCGUCUGUAUACAGAAUGCACUUCCGGGCCGCCAAGUAACCAUCAUCGCAGAUAAAUUCACGACGGAGACGACCAGUCAUGGCGCCGCCGGCAUUUUCCGGCCGACGACGGAAAAGACGCCUGUAAAAUCGCUUGAACAGUUCAGGAAGUGGUGUACAGAUUCUUUUGCCUGGUUCCACCUUUUGAACACCGAGUUGGACCCGGCGCAAACCGGCGUUAGCAGAGUAACCGGGUACCAAUUUCUUGAACAACCAAGUGAAAAGCUCCCGUUUCAUCACGACAUAAUCUACAAUUUUCGGACAUUGACGGACCAAGAAUUAAAGAGCCUUCCUGGCAACCACAAGGCGGGUUGGACGUAUACAACGCUGAUGAUAGAAAGUCGUCGCUAUUUACCGUGGUUGACAAAACGGUUUUUAUCGCAAGGCGGGACGCUAGAGAGUAGAACAGUAAACGACAUUCGAUCGUUUGCAGGCCGAUGUAGUGUCUUGGUGAACUGUUGUGGUCUAGGGGCCGCUCCACUUUGCAAUGACCCGGAUGUGUUCCCAGUUCGGGGACAUCUCGUGCGAGUUCUCGCCCCUUGGAUGAAACACUUUUAUGUGUGGGACGGAGGUGACAGCUAUAUCUACCCGGGACAAGACAACAUCGCCAUUGGCGGUACACGUCACGUGGGAGAGUAUGACGUCAUUAAGGAUGCUGACUAUUGGUUUAAAGACGUAUUGGACAGAAGCACCAGGUUGUUUCCUGCCUUAAAGGACGCGCAUAUUGACCGGAAGUGGGUGGGGCUACGACCACACAGGACGUAUCUUCGGCUUGAGACUGAAACAGUCCGUUGUGGAGAACAAACUCUUAAGGUUGUCCAUAAUUAUGGUCACGGAGCAAACGGCAUUGCGUUAAGUUGGGGAACGUCUCUAGAAGCGGCAGCGUUAGUACGCCAGACGUCAGUGGCAGCAGCAACGUUAGUACGCCAGACAUCGAGCGUCAACUCAAAAUUGUAGAGCGAUAUACAUAAAUUAAACAUAGUUGUAGC